AUGCAUGGUGAUGUCGGUGUUUCAUCCGAAUUGGACAAAGGCUCGCAGUUCUGGUUUCGAAUUCCCGUCACCAUACACGAAUCUGCAGAAACCGCGAAAGAGAAGGCCCUGAUGCAAGCAUACCGACUAAACCUCAUCAAUUCCGACGCCAUGGUUCUUCUCUCUUCACCGACCGACACCACUCGGGAUCUUCUCCAGGCUGCGUUGAUCGGUGUGAAGUCUCUGGUCUGUAAUAGCACGGAAGAUACGGAUAUAUUCCUCAGGGAUGCUGGCAUGAAGAAGGACCGUGUGGAAUUUGUGGUUGUUGAUGAACACGCGGAAGCCCGCAUCGACGACAUUGCCCAUCUCCUCCAAGAAUAUCCUAGUUUAAGUCACGCAAAGAUCAUCCAUCUUUGUGCUCCGUCAGCAGACUUCCUCAACCGCAGACCUGGCGCUAAGGCUGGUGUCGCCAUCGAAGCUGUCGCCCCCGAAAUGCACACAUAUAUCCAUGGCGGCCUUAUCGCUAGAAUGGCGAAGCCGGCCCGUACACAGAAGUUCCUUCGAAUACUCUCAAGGAUGUGGGAUGCUCGUAGCGGUUACACGAACGGCUCUACCCUGAGAGAUGGUCUCCGCGGUAACAAGAUAUCAGCCGAUAUAGCCUCCCGUUCGGUCGCAUAUGCUGGAAAUGUCCUGGUGGCAGAAGACAACCCGAUCGCGCGGAAUCUUCUCGUAAGGCAGUUACAACGGCACGGCUUGACGGUGACCGCAGCAAACAAUGGUGAAGAAGCGAUUCAAUUAUGGGAGAAGCAUCCACCUGGUUACUUCACUGCAGCUCUCUUUGACCACCACAUGCCAAUACUGGACGGUGUGGAAGCAACAAAGCGUCUGAGAGCAUUAGAGAACAGGCGUAAGGUCCGACGACCGUUAGUCAGUGAGUUGUUACCCAGCACGUAG